AUGUCAAAAAAAGGAGGUCGUGGAGGGUCAAUGGCGCAGUUGGCUUCUGCUUUGGGAAUUCAAAGGGGUGACAUUGGAACUUUAGUUAAUCGAAAACGAGAAGAACCAAAACUUUAUACAACAUUAUCACGUACUGGAACAGAUAUUGAAAUGACAAAUGAUCUUCAAUUUAUGGUUGAUAUGAAAAAAGCAGUUAUUCGAAAUUUUGAAGCAUCUGAAUUUUAUCGUAGUGAAAGUUUAAUUAGUGAAAUGGAUAAAAGUUAUUCAGAUAAAUAUUUAGAACAGGAGAAAGAUAUUUUUCUUCCAUAUCUUAAUAGAGUUCCAAUUGAAUUACAUCCAAAGAAAAGUAAAGAAGAAUUAGCUGCUGCAAGAAAACAAGCUAAAGAAAUACAAGAAAGUGGAGUUGAAAAAAAAUCAAAAAUUCAGGGAUAUGAUGAUGAAGAAGAGGAACAAAAAGAUGAUGAUGAAAAUGUAUAUAGUGAUGAUGAUUACCUGGAAGAAGAUAAUGAUUAUGCCACUACAUAUUUUGAUAAUGGAGAAUCUUAUGAUGCAGGUUCUGAUGAUAAUCUUGGAGAUGAUUAUUAA